AGCUAGCCAGGCCAGGCGAGCGAUCGGACGAUCGGGCUACAAUUUCGACUACGGCGACGAUGGCCGGCGCGGGCGUGACGACGACGGGGUCGCCGUGCGGGGCGUGCAAGUUCCUGCGGCGCCGGUGCGCGGCGGAGUGCGUGUUCGCGCCCUACUUCUGCGCGGAGGACGGCGCGUCGCAGUUCGCGGCCAUCCACAAGGUGUUCGGCGCCAGCAACGCGGCCAAGCUGCUGCAGCAGGUGGCGCCGGGGGACCGGAGCGAGGCCGCCGCCACGGUGACCUACGAGGCGCAGGCCAGGCUGCGCGACCCCGUCUACGGCUGCGUUGCCCACAUCUUCGCGCUGCAGCAGCAGGUGGUGGCGCUGCAGGCGCAGGUGGCGCACGCCAGGACGCAGGCGCAGCUGGGGGCGGCGACGGCGAUGCACCCGCUGCUCCAGCAGCAGCUGCAGCAGCAGGCGUGGCAGGUGGCGGCCGCCGCGGAGCAGCACGACCACCAGUCCAUGACGUCCACGCAGAGCAGCUCCGGCUGCUACAGCGGCGCCCACCAGCGCUCCGACGGGUCCUCGCUGCACGGCGCCGAGAUGUACUGCGGCUACGGCGAGCAGGAGGAAGGCAGUUACUGACCCCAGAUGUUUGAUUCACUCGUUCCUCGUACGUUCCCCUGAGAAAAAAGCUGAGAGAUGUACCAUGAAAAGUUUCUCCUUUGCAACGCGCGUUCGAUUGAGUUGGUUGAGCUCUAUCUUGCCGGCCUCGGCUGUGAAGGGAUCGAUCGGCCUUGUGUUGUUUGGGGCUCAAGACGAACCCAUGAUUUCCAACUUUCCAACUCGAUCGGGCCUCGAUUGUUACGUGUGAACUU